AUGAGCCUGAUAUGCUGUUAGGGCUGGGUUUCUGCUCUCUCGGGUAAACAGGAAGUCAGCGCAGGUGUAUCGGGGGUGGAGACACGCCCGCAGAAACCGCCCGGUUCCCGGAAGAAAGAUUUCUUUUUGUUGUGUCUCGCCCCCUUCAAGACGCACCGGCGGACAUUUUCGGUUCAGGUGGAAACUGACGAACAUCUCAGCUGGAGAGGAGUUUUCUUUAUACCAUUGCCGUGUUUCUGUUUUUCCUUUUCUAGAUAUUUUUAUUUAUUUAUUGUUUAAUAGUUAACUCAGGGUUAAGCUUGUUGCUGGGCCUGCAGGUUAAUUCCAGGAAGCGACCUUCGGGUCCAUCUACUGAAACUGAGAAGAGGAAUUUAAAAAAAGACAGUUUUUGGACCUUUUAAACACAUUUAAAUAAGACAAAUUAAAGGAGAGGCGAUGGACUACAUGAACACUGCGCCGAAAUACACCCCGAGUGUGGGUAAAGACUUUGAGAAUGAGCAGUUCCUGCAAGUGGCAGACAACAAAAAGCUAGAGAAAAAAAAGCAUCCGGGCAAGACGGGCGCUGUGAUCGGGGCGGUGAUCUUUGCCGCUGUCGUUGCUCUGAUGACUGGGCUGCUGGUCUGGCAUUUCCAUUUCCGUAAAGACCUGCACAGCAAGAGGAUUUACACCGGAUCGAUGAGGAUUGACAACCAGGUGUUUGAAGACGCCUAUGAGAACUCCACCUCUCCCGAAUUCAAAGCUUUGGCUGAGCAGGUGUUGCGAGAUCUCAAAUUGAUUUACGCCAAGAUUCCGCAGCUGAAGAAAUGUUAUGUAAAGUCUACAGUUCAGGCGUUCAGCGAGGGCAGCGUUAUUGCCUACUACCGGUCAGAGUUUAAAGUCCCUGUGGGCCAAGAAUCAUCUGUUGACCAGGCUAUGUCGAAACUGGAACAAGGUGUGAGAAGAGUUCUACAGUCGCCUGAGAGACCAGCUAACAUCCUUGAAAUUAGAGACAUAAAGACCUCAGUCUUGGAUGAAAAAUUGUUGCCAUCAUCAUUUAAGAAACAAUCAAAGUUUCUAGAACACACAAAGCCCAAUAAGGUUGGUUUGAUAGAGUCUCCUGGCUUCCCAAACAAGCCGUACGCCCCGAACUCCUUCACCCAGUGGCAGCUUCGAGCAGACCGUGGACACAUCAUCAAGCUGGAGUUUGAGGAUAUGGCCCUGGAAGACAACUGCAAAAAUGACUUUGUGAAAAUCUAUGACUCUCUCGUGCCCAUAGAGAGCCGUGCUUUGGAAGAGUUGUGUGGACACAUUCCACGCAGUGAGCCCAUAACAUUAUAUUCUUCUGGAAAUGUCAUGCUGGUUACAAUGGGCACAAAUGAGGAAAACGAGUACCCGGGAUUUCGAGCAAAGGUCACACAAAUACCACCUGGCACCAUAAGUAAAAGCUGCGGUUCCAAACUAAAAGGUACAAAAGGCAGCUUCUCUACUCCAAACUUUCCAAACUACUAUCCUCCUAAUAUCCAGUGUGAUUGGGAAAUAGAAGUCCCUACGGAUAAGGUAGUGAAAGUUACAUUCAAAAAUCUGUUGUUGGCUGAGCCCGGCCAGGAGACGGGCAAAAAAUGUGAUAAAGACUAUGUGCAGAUUGACAACGGCGAAAAACUUUGUGGAGAGAGGCGUGACGGGUCGCUGGUUCAAAUCAGCAAAACCAACGUAAUGAAAGUGCAUUUUCGCUCUGAUCACUCCUAUGUGGACAGGGGCUUCCUUGCACUUUAUGAGGCCGUUGAUCGUCAAGACACUUGUCCAAAUCAGUUCCUUUGCAACAAUAAGCGGUGCGUCAGCAGUAACGUCACCUGUGACGGCUGGGAUGACUGCGGAGACAGGAGUGACGAGAACAACUGUGUGUGCAAAUCGAAUACAAUCACCUGUAAAAAUGGGAAGUGUGUCUCCAAGUUCUGGAAGUGCGAUGGUAUAGAUAACUGCGGUGACAAGACAGAUGAGAUGAACUGUGCUAAAUGUGAAGCUGGAGAGAUCACCUGCAAGAACGGCAAAUGUGUGUCUGAGAAGAGGCGCUGCGACGGCACAGACGACUGUGGAGACAAUUCGGAUGAGCUCAGCUGUCAAGGAAAGGCCGAUUUGAGAUGCACUGAUGACACAUACAAAUGCAAAAACAACAAAUGCAUCAACAAGGUGAACCCAGAGUGUGACGGAACAGCCGACUGUGAAGAUGGCUCUGACGAGGAGAACUGUGACUGUGGGAUGAAACAAAUAUAUUCCAAGACACGUAUUGUGGGUGGGCAAGAUGCAGAUGAAGGAGAGUUCCCAUGGCAAAUCAGCCUCCACUUGAAAGAUUACGGAGCUGUCUGCGGAGCAUCCCUCAUCAGUCAAAAAUGGCUGGUCACUGCUGCCCACUGUGUGCAAGAUGACGGACAACUCAAAAUGUCAGAUCCUAGAAAUUGGGAGGCUUACCUCGGCCUUGAUGACCAGCGGAGGAAGGACGCUAAUGCCGCAAAGAGGAAAGUGAAGCAGGUCAUAUCUCACCCUAGUUACAACCAUUUCACCUACGACAAUGACAUCGCCCUGAUGGAGCUAGAGAGUCCCGUCAGCUACUCUAACUACAUCCAGCCCAUCUGCUUACCAGCCCCCCAACAUGACUUUCCGGUCGGUCACAAUGUGUGGGUCACAGGGUGGGGAGCAACAAGAGAGGGAGGAAGUGCUGCAUUGAAACUCCAGAAAGCUCCGGUCAAAAUCAUUAGCAGAUCUGUGUGUAACGAUUUAAUGCGAGGUCAAAUCACAUCCCGGAUGCUUUGUGCUGGAGUACUGAAAGGAGGAGUGGAUGCUUGUCAGGGAGACUCUGGUGGACCUCUGUCCAGCCCGGAAAACGGUCGUUCUUUCCUGGCAGGAGUGGUGAGUUGGGGGGAAGGAUGCGCUCGUAGGAACAAACCAGGCAUCUACACGACAGUCACCCAAUUUCGUGGCUGGAUCAAAGAGAAGACGGGAGUCUAGUCCACUGCAACGAUAUCGAACAAAAUCAUUAAAGCUAUAAACUAUUGAAUCAGUAAAACUCCGGACUGACCGCCCGUCCUGCGGAUUCAGUGGACUUCACUUGUGGUUGUAGCAAUGGUGGAGUAUACACUCUUCGCUUUUACAACAAGAGCUAUGCCUUUUAAACUUACUGUGAUAAUUUUUUAGGAAGACGGUGAUUGGUUAAAUGUUUUAAAUGCAAAUAGUUAUUUUAUUAUUGUGUGUCUAUUGUUUUUCUUUUUUCUUUGUGUUUUUUUUUUUUUUUUUUUUUUUUACUAUGCUUCGACGGAGAAGCAAACAUAUUGAGGCAUUGUACAUAGUGUUAAGGUACUGUUGUUACACAAAUUUACGUUUGAAAGCAGGUUUUAUGAAUAGUGUAAAUAAAGCUCAAGCUCUUUAGAUCUUUCCCUCUGUGCAUUGGUUAUUUAGGUCUCACAGAAAUUAUUUUUGCUCACUUUUUCAAGCGUUUUCAUCAUGUAUUAUAUUUUAUUUCCCGAUAAAUAUAUUCCUUUUUAUUAGCUUGAAAAAGGGGAAAGGUCAUUUAACAGUUCCUGCAGUUCAAUUGGUCUAAACUGAUUUUAAAUGUUUUUAAUAUCACAUGUCUAAUAAAAUAUUUUAAAUUAC